GCCCACGGCCACCGGCAGUAUAAAGAGCUAGUACCCCUGCCUUGCCGCUGCCGAGACGAACAAGCAAGCAAAGCAAGUGAGACAGUGAGGGAGACAGGGAGUGUGUGUGCGAGCGACGGUGGCGGUGGGGAUGCAGAUGGAGUGGGACAUGAGAGGAGGAGGCGGCGGCGGUGUUGGUGACGGUGGUGGGGCGAGGGCGGGCGGCCUUGCUGUCGGAGGCGUUGUCGUCGGGGGAGGGGACCAGCACCACCACCACCACCCGCAGCAGCAGCAGCGCGUGGAGGCGCACUACCGCGGGGUGCGGAAGCGGCCGUGGGGCCGGUACGCGGCGGAGAUCCGCGACCCGUGGCGGAAGACGCGCGUGUGGCUCGGCACCUACGACUCGCCCGUCGAGGCCGCCAUGGCCUACGACCGCGCCGCCGUCGCGCUGCGGGGCUCCAAGGCGAGGCUCAACUUCGGCGGCGGCGGCGGCGGCUGCGGGCGCGCCCGGGACGACGCGCCUGCGGCGGCCUACCACCCGCGCGUGCCGCUGCAGGCGCGCUGCCAGCUGUUCGGCGGCGGCCUCGACGUCGGCCGCCCGUCCCCCUGGCCGCACGUCGUCUGCUUCCCGCCGUCCAUGCUGCACCAGGCCGCGCCGCCUCCGGCGGGGCAGCCCCUCCUCGCCGCGGACGUCGCCGCGUCGCAGCCGUCGACGGCGCUGGAGCUCCGGACGGGGCCCAGGGCUCUCCCGUUCGACCUCAACGAGCCGCCGUCGAACGGGAGCUAGGAGCGGAGGUCGUGAUCUCCAUGGACGCGCGUGGAGAGCUAGCAGUAGAGGUAGAUCAGUAGUACUGUGCCAAGCGCGGGAUCAUGGUCGUGGAUCAUGUUACGCGGUCGCUAAUCAACAAGGAGGAGGGGCGAGUGGAGACCUAUGAUGAGUCCGGUCCGGUUGUACAUAGACCUAUUUAAGGAAAUCUUGCCUUCCUCGUCUUGUUCUUGUU